CAUUCCUACGCGCAGUCGCCCAGAACAGGUGGAAAAAAUCCCCUCAGAAGAUGGAUAAAUCCUACAGACGCGUCAACAAAAGAACAUAAAAAUGUGUCCACCAGAGAUCGCUUCUACUGCACAUCCCGCAACAGCGCGUUAAUCGCCGAAUAACGACCACAAAGCAGAGGACGAUGGUGUGAACCUCAAACGUGUCGAUCAUUAUGCCGCCAGUCCUCGUCGAACCGUAGCCACUGGUUGGUGGCAGGAUGUGUGCCGCCGGUCCGUGUUUCGAUUGGUACGCCGAUGCGGAGGGCGAUGUGUGUGAUAUGUUGCCGCUGAUCACGGUCAACGAUAAUAGCGUUAUCGCCACGGAGGUCACCUUUGAUGCGGGUGAGUUUCUACCGCCUGCCGGCGAGGAAUUACCGUACGCGACGGACUUUGCCCUGUACGGCGAUCAUCGUCAGCUGUUUGCGGAGAUUAGCGAAGAAAGCGGCGAGCCCCAAUCGCACGAAGAAACGGCAGUUUCGUUGGAAAGUGUUUUAACUUGCAACGGGUGUAACGUGCGGUUUCAAUGCAAAACACACCACACAAGGCAUCAGCUUUUGCAUCACGGGGAUGCGUUAGCUAGCACCAAGCAGUUCGCCAAAUGCCGGAUUCGAUGUCGGCAGUGUGGGGAACAAUUCCCAUUGGCACGGCAGCUCGCAGAUCAUCUUGCAGCCCAACAUCCUCAGUGCAGCGUGUGCGAAUUGUGUUUAGCAACAUUCCGUGAUCGUGCCUCACUCGAAUGGCAUCGGAACUACCAUCGCUCGAAGAACCAGCCUCCGAAAGUACGCUACAUCUGCGACGUCUGUCGAAAAGAAUGCAACAGUUCGAGUCAUCUGCAUCUACAUCGGAAGAUUCAUCUGGAGCACAAACCGUACCCCUGUACGUAUGGCUGUAAUCGUAGCUUCUCCUCGUCCGGCAACCGGCAGAAACAUGUCGCACGCAUGCAUACGCACGAAAAGAAGUUCCACUGCGCACAAUGCGGUGAAUCGUUUAUCUACGCACGACAGCUACACACCCAUCGGGAGCGGAAACACGCAGAACAUACCAAGAAUACCAACGGUCUUUUCAGAUGCGCUCGUUGCAAGGAUACUUUUGAUACGGAGGAUGCUUUUCGGCAGCAUCUAAAGACGAGUGGCUGCCUAGAGCUUCGUGCGUUUGAGUGUGUACUGUGCGCAAAACGCUUCAAGCAAAGCACCCAUCUGCGCAACCAUCUGCUCACUCACACGAACGGUGUACGGGCACACGGUUGUGAGCACUGUUCGAAGCGAUUUACACUUCUCGGCGAUCUAAAGGUACAUCGCCGCACGCACACUAAAGAGAAGCCGUUCCGAUGUAAUCUCUGCCCGGCUGGGUUCAUUGUGGGCAAGCAAUUAAAUAAGCAUCGUGCAAAGGUUCACGGAAUAGAGAGCACGCGUAAGGGAUGAGGAUAAGCCAGGGAUCUGGUCAUAAACAGAAGACAAUAAAACUGAACCUCACGUGUAGCAUGCUAAGCAGGAAUAGAAUGACCCAUAAUCGUACUGGAAUUGGAUCAGGCAGUUACAAACGCGCCGUCAAUUAAAUUCAAAGCAAUAUGACAAUAAAUCAUGAAUGUAGUUGAGCCACGUGAUUGUAUGAUCACAAUGUACAUCAAA